AUGAGAUUAAGUAACAUCAUUACCCUAGUUAUUGGGAUUAUUUCAUUGUCCAAUGCUAUUGUUUUACCUGAUAUUAACACUUUGGAACAAACAUCAGAAAGUCAAGAAUAUGAUAAUUUUUUUAAGCAGUCAAAAAGACCUGGAAAUGUAAAAGCACCUUUGGUAGCACCUUUGGGUGAAAAUGAUGAAAUCCAAAAUAAUAUUGUACCAUAUAGAUACAUUGUUAUGUUCAAAAACUUUGCCUAUACGAAUGAGAUUAAAUUACAUAUUCAGACAGUGGCUAAACUACAACUUCGCGGUUCAAUUUCUCUUGCACCUAAUGACCCUUUCUUCCAUCAUACAAGAGAUAAAGAAUUUAGCACAGAGGAAUUAGGUGGAGUCCUAUAUACCUUUGACAUUGGAUCAGGGUUUAAUGGCUACGUAGGUUACUUUACCGAUGAAGUUGUAGAAUUUAUUAGAAAACAGUCCAUUGUGGAUUAUGUUGAAAUGGAUUCUAUCUUGACAAUUGACGAUAAAGAAACUGAUUCAAACUCUCACUGGCAUCUGGCAAGAAUUUCUCACAGACCAAAGUUGGGACUCUCUAAUUUCAAUGAAUACAAAUUUGACCCUAACGGCGGACAAAACAUUGAUGCUUAUAUAUUGGACACUGGUGUCUACCAAACACAUGCCUAUUACAUAGAAAGAACUAUCCGUGGUAUCGUAAUAACACCAAAUGAAGAUGAGAGAGAUAUGAAUGGUCAUGGUACAGAAAUGGCAGGACUUGUGGGUGGAAGAGAGGUUGGAGUAGCUAGAAAGGCUACAUUGAUUGAUGUGAAAGUUUUGAACUGGCAAGGCCGUGGUACAGUUUCCAACAUUAUCAAGGGCUUGUCUUUUGUGAAUCAUCAUCAUCCACAAAGAAUAGAAAAGAAUGGAGUUCUCGGUGCAGUCGUCCUGUUUUCCAUCUCUGGUGCGAAAUCUAGAUCACUGAACACAGCGUUUGACAAGAUGGUCUCUAGCGGUAUUCACGUUGUAGUUGGUGCAGGUACUAAAGGAAUCAAUGCAUGCAAUUCUAGCCCAGCUAGUUCUUCAAAGCCUAUCACGGUUGCUGGUAUGUCAAUUACUGAUGAACCAAUAGAUAGGGGCAAUUGGGGAUCUUGCGUUGAUAUUUAUGGUCCUGGUGACAGAGUCAGAACUACAUAUCCAAAUCUUGAACGGAAUCAGUUUACCAAUGAAAUCAGCGUUACUGGUUCAUCUGCUGCUGCUGCUCAAGUUGCCGGGUUAUUGGCCUAUUUUGCCUCACUGCAACCUGGCCUGGGAACUCCUGAUGUCAUUCCUUUAACACCUGAAGAAUUAAAAGAAAGAUUAAUUGACUUCGGUACCAAGGGAAAGCUAACAAAUCUCGAGAGAAUGUCACCAAAUAUUAUUGCAUUUAAUGGAGCUGGUGGAAACUUAGAUAGUUUUUUUAACGAUGGUAGUGAGAUAGUACCCACUGCAACAAAGAAUGUCGAUCCUUCAGACGUUCCCACAGAGACGGCAAGCCCCACAGGUAUUAAUACACCAGUUCCUCCUCUGCCUGUAGAUCCUGAGAAUCCAGAAGAGCCAUCAAAUCCAGAAGAUCCUGAAAAUCCUAACGAUCCAACAAAUCCUGAUGAUCCUGCAGAUCCUCCUGUGGAUACACCUCCAAGAAAGUUGCUGUAUCGAGAAAAGCAACAAUAUUUUGUAAAUCUCAAAAACUUUGUUGAUAGAGUUAACAGGUUCUAG